AUGACAGUUUUGACCGUUACGUAAAUAAAUUUAUUAUUUUUUUUCAUUAACAUUGAUUCAAAGUUCAUUUAAUUUUACUUAUUUUCCCAAGUUUACUAUUUUUUUACUUAUGUUUAAUAUGUUCUGUUAAUAAUACUCUUAAGCCGUCGUUUUCUGAAUCAAGUAAAAAUCAUGGGAAGUAAUACUAGUAAACCUAGUAACGAUACAAGUAUUUGUUCGAAGAAAAACGACGACUUUAGUGAUAAUUCUGCGGAUCCCCGGUCACCAACGCCAGAAAUAAUACGGACACCAUUGCAGGGCAAGCCUAAUGGAAAGCAUAACAUAACAAAAAAUGUGGACUUGAGAAAAACAUUUGAAAAUGCUAAAACUGAAGAAAAGUUGAUUCAUAACAACCCUAUUCUUUCUGCCGUUAUAAAGAAUCACUUGCAAUCCUAUGAUCCUCGUUCCCCAACACAAGACUUUGAAAGAACUCCUAUUAUAAUUACUUCUAAAAUAGACAAGCUUCAAAGUAAUAUACAAGAAGAAACUGGUAACAACUGUGGAAGUCCAUGUCUGAGGACUGAUUAUGAGGAAAUCAAUGAAAGUUUAGAGGAAGCAGCAAUCAUUGUCCCUGAUACACUAAUACCUAAAAACUUAUGUGAUGGAUUUUAUGACAUCACUCUUAAUGAUACACUAAAAGAACCUGAUGAACCACUUGGAUCAUCUACAGCAUCAAAUGAAGCAAUAGAGGCAAAUAUAUCAGACACAGAACCAACCAAAUUGCUAGAAACAAAUUUCGAAUAUGUAGAAGGAGAAAAUAAUAAGACUGAUGAAAAUGUUUUUAGCGGUGAUGAUAUAGAUUUCUUUAAAUUUGACAUAAAACAAAUUCCUGUAUUUAAAAUUCUUGAUGAAGAUCCUCGUUCACCAUCUGUUGGUAUAGAGAGAACUCCUAUAGUGGUUGCAAAAAAAACAGAAAAUAUUUCUAAUGAAAAUGUGGAACAUAUGUCAGAUGAUAGUUUAAUUAAAGUUCUACAGAAUACAAAUGCUGAACUUCGUCAAAAUGUAGUAAAACCCCAGGAAAAGAAUUCAGAUGGUCUGUUAAUUUAUGAAGAUGAAUCUGAUAAUAUUAAUGAUACACCCAAGAAGUCCAAAUCAGCAAGUAAUAGUGGCUCAAGAACACCUCUUUCUUGUAUGAAAAAUAAGUCUGACACUGGACAUUCGAGAUCAAAAUCUGCAAAUACUUUAUAUGACCCAAAAAAUCCUGCUAUUGGUCUGUCGAAAGUUUCUAGAAAAGCAUCGCAUAUACCUAGAUUGAAAUCAUUAUCAAAACAAGUUAAAACUAUUUCAACAGGAAGUACUAUAUCCUUAAAAACUAUAGGAAAAACUGCUACAUUAGGAGGAGACUGUGAAAAUACACCACCACACUCACACCGCGAUAAAUGGGACAAGAAUAGCAGUAUUGUACUUUGAAAAGUAUUUUACGAGGAUAAAUAUGUAUUCUUUUCUAACUUAAUCAUUUAGUAAGUUUCUAUAAUGUAAUUCUAAUUUCUCUUUACUGUAUCUGCUGUAAUGCAAAUAUUGAUUGACUUGGCUUUAAUUUCAAUUUACACUCAUGAUUGUUAAAGCCUAAUAAAUGUAAUCUACAGUAUUUAUAAGGUUUGACAAUAAAAAUAAU